AUGGCAGCAAUAGGACCUGAAUACAGAGUUGGAGCAGGGCCAGGCGGGACAGCAGCUGGCCCAUCGGGAUACAGGCCCAUAUCUCUACAGGCCCAUAUCUCUACAACAAUCCAUUACUGCAACGGGCCUGACAUGCAGCAGACUCCCAAGACUCAUUUGCAGAGUAUCAAAUACUCAUGUAAACAGCUUAACCAAAUUAAGGUGUAUACACAGAGCUGUGUACGGACUGAGAAAGCAUUGAUAGUAAGUGGACAUCACAAGAGCAAAACAUCAGUUCAUCUGCAGAGGGAGGCUGAGCAGCAAACUAUGGGACCCACAGUGCACCUCAGCAAUGUGUCAACUACUGUGAAGGCCCCAUACAGCUUCCGCAGCCCAGAGUCAGUGGAGAUGGAUGAGAUCAUGGCUGCCAUGGUUCUGACCAGUCUGUCCUGUAGCCCUGUGGUCCAAUUGGCAGGCGCUGGCUCAUCAUCAGCUGACAUGGAGUGUGGUGGCAGUGAGCUCUCCGACAGUGGCAGCAGUGGCUACUGGAGCUGGGACCCUGGUAACAUGAGCCCUACCCCCUCACCGCCUGUCAAGGACAUGGACAGCCGCCUCGAUAAGGGCCUUCACAUGGAACAAGAGCAGGGAAAGGAGCUUAAUGCCAAAAAGCCAAAGAGCUCUUUCCGAGGUAUUUAUAAGUGUCUGUGGCCCAGUUGUGGCAAGGUGCUCCCAUCUUCAGUCGGAAUAAAACGGCACAUCUAUGUGCUGCAUCUCGGAAAUGGAUCAGAUCAGUCCAAGAGAGAGGAGGACUUCUACUACAUCAAGAUAUAUUGUGAGACCGUGGGUGCCAGCUCCGCUCCAGCUCCUUCCCAGCAGGCUCUGGGCCAGGCCUCGUUCUCUCAUCUCAGCUGGGUCUCCUGUGGUUUUCCUUCAGACUCAGGGCUCCAGAUCCCACUGGCUCACAGGCCCAGGUCCAACUCCACCGCUGGGGCGGGCCCAAGCAAGCCCAGUCCACUCAGUCAGUCAGCCCCCAGCAGCUUUUGGCAGAUCCACUCAGAGUAUCUCUAUCAGGCCUGUAGCCCCAUCCAGGUAUCUGUGGCCCCUAGAAGCAUUGGCUGCCAGGGUUGGACGCCCACCCCCUCUGUCUCUGGCCCCAGUAACACCCCAAUGGUGAAACCUCGCUGCUGGUCUGUCAGUGUUGGGGAACAGGGGCUCCAACAGAACAGGCUGCAGCCUAUGAGUGCGUCGCCCCCCCCCACUCACCGCUCUUUCAGAAAGGGUCGCGGGGAGGCCAAAAAGUGUUGCAAGGUGUAUGGAGUGGAGCGCAAGGAUCAGUGGUAA